AUGGAAAGUGUUGUGGAAAGUUUCUCUGUGGUGGACAGUAUGCCUAUGAUAACAGAGGAGCCAGAGGACACAGGCCAGUUGAUAACCUCCACAGCAAACCAUGUAACAGACACAUCAAACCACAUUAUAACAUCUUCAGACAGCGUUACUAUGAUUACGAAUGUGGAAACUGACAUCAGAAACAGUAAAACAGGCCAGGCCAAUGGGAAUCCAAUGCAGGUCCUUGCCUCAGUUAAAACUGAUGAAUCAGCAGACCAAAUAGUUACUGAUGACAUGGUACAGAUCAUUGCCACUUCUGAGGGAACACGCCUCAUUACUAGCAAUGGUGAUUCACAAAUCUUCACAGGUGAACCUGGCCACAUCAUAGCUGCUGAUACUGGGCAGUUAAUGACUCAUGACCACCACAUUUUUGGUGAUGGUGGAGAAAUUAUGACUGCUGAGUCAAGUCACAUAAUUAUGAAUCAUGAUGGAAGCAUAGCAACAGAUAGCAAUGGAAGUAUUUUACAUACAGGAGGUCAAAUGAUCACUGAAAAUGGCAAGGCACAUAUUUUGUCUGCUGAUGGGGAAGUAAUAGCAGUAGAUAGCAGCCUUCUUGAAGGUGCCCAGCGGCUUCAGGAACAUGUUACAGAAGUAAUUGAAGAUACUCCUGAGGGUGAGGAAUCAGAAGUCCGUGAUCCUCUACUUCGACGAAUUAAGAAAGAACCAGGAGAGGAUGGGGAAUCAGCAACCAUCCAGAUUCGUGUUAAUGCUACUUCUCCUCGGAAAAAGGAAGUUCCACAAUUGCCAGAUGAGAUGUCAGCAAAAAGGCCACCAUGUUCAAUUGCAAGUGGGAAGGAGUUCAUGCAUCAAUACACCUUGAUGAGGCAUUUACCUACUCACACAGAUGAGCGUAAUUUUAGAUGUAAUCAAUAAAGCUUUAGACAGAUGUCCACGCUCUCACAACACAAAGCCACUCAUUCAGAGUCACGACCGUAUGUCUGUGAUAUAUGCCAGAAAACCUUCAGUAGAGUAUCUACCUUAAUAUCCCACAAGAAGACCCACACUGAGGAGAAGCAACAUCGAUGUCAUGUAUGUGGCAAAGCUUUCCACCAAAAGGGUAAUUUAAAGAAUCAUCUUUUUACUCACACAAAUGAACGGCCAUACAAAUGUGACAUUUGUGGGAGAGGCUUCAAUCAAUCUUCUAAUCUUCAGUGUCACAAGGCAAAGUCACAUGCAGAUGGGACGCUCAACUACCAGUAUGUACCUGAUAAAUACAAGUGUAACAAUUGUGACCAUGCAUUUGCGAAAGAGCUCAGUUAAGGGCAUGAAGAAUAUAAACAUGGAGUUCAGGUACACGGUUCACGGAUGUUGUCAGGUUCGGGAUCCAGGAUGGUGACUAAUAAUAAUUCACUCCUUCGGAAGAGAAAGAUUGGAAAUGUCCGCAUCAUUCAAUUGCCAAAUGGAGAUAGAACUUUCCAGGAGAUAGGUGCAAAUGAGGGCUUUGCAAGGCAGCGGAAGAUGAAGCCUAAGUCAGACGUGAAGAGUGGUAUUUUGAUUGAACCAAUAGACACAAAGGCAAUGCAUCGGGCUUUAGCAGAUGGAAGAACGCCUUUUGCUCUUCUCAAGCCCAGUAAAGGAGUUCCUGUUGUGGUCAAAGUUCAAUCUGCCUUAGGAAGUAAACAUAUGCUUGUCCCAGCUAGUGCCAAUGAGCUUAAAAGUGCAGUUAAGUACAAAGUGUCUUGUCACCAAAGAGGAACAAAGGCUGUACAGAUCAAGGUUCCUGUAGUUGCCACUGUGAUCCAGCGUAUAGACAGUGAUGGACAAGUUCACAUGGAUAUUGAAGCAACUGCUGAGGAUGAAGAUGAAAUUGUGGGAAUCAACGAUGAAAACACUCUGACUAAACUUGAGGAAUCUGAUGCUAAGCCUGCUUCAGAGCCAGGCACCUCUGCCAUCACUUCUGCUGAUAAUGAUGUACGGGUUAACCAGCCACUGGUCAUCAGUCCUGCUGUUGUGAGGCCAUCAAUGACUGAGCCAGUCAUGGAAGGUGAGGAAGAAGAUGAACAUUCCUUAGAUUCGUCAAUGCCUCACACAGAUGAAGGUAUAAUCAUUGGUACCAUGGGUGCAGGUGAAACCAUGAGUUAUGCCAUUGACCAAGAUGCUGCCAUAUCAGCAGGAGCCACUGAGGGGAAUGAAGGAAUUAAUUCUGUUGAUCUCCUGGCUACUGCUGUCAACCUUGUGUCUCAGGCUCAGAUGUCAAAAGAUGGGAUGGCUGGCAUGGAGGGCAUUCAGUAUCUGCGACAAAUGAAUCUAGGGGAAUAUGAGGUUGUUCCCCCAGACCAUGCCCAGGCAACCCACAUCAUGAACCAGCAUGGUCAUAUUGAGCAAAUUAAGAUGGUGGAUGAGAACAGUACAGUAACCAUGGAACAAGCCAAUAUCUCAGCCCUGAUGGAUGCCUUGCAGAGUGCUGGGUACCACCUGGGCACUGGCAAUCAACAAAUCAUUAUAAAUGCUGAUGGUAAUGCCAUGGUGGUGGACCAGCAGCAAGUACAGAUGGUUAUAGAUGGAGAUAUGGAAGGUGUGAUAUCUACGGAUGGAGUCGUCAGUGAAGCUGUCGAUCCCUCAAAGAAUCUGAAUGCCGGAGGGCCCAUGAGUUGUUUUGGCUGUUAA